GAAUUCACGUUCAGUAGAGUGAGCAAGAAGCAAGUGCACAGGUCUCUCGUCCGCACGCCCGUCCCUCGAGUGCCGCCGCAUCCGAAUUUUUCACCGCGAGUGUCCCGAAAACCCGUUUCAUGGGCUGAAGGCCGCAACCGCGCUGCGAGUGGACUUUCCUUUACGUUUUUGAUUGCUUUCGUUUCGAAGAGAAGAAUAUAGAUUAGAAGAAGAAGUGAGUGGUGACGACCGACCCAUCAGCUGCCUUUCCAUCCAACCCGUACAGUUAUUUAGAAAUCGCACAGCAGCUUCAGCAGCAACAACCAACGGAACGCGGAACGCACUGUUCCACUUCUUUUUCAAAAACAGAAAGAGACUUUUGGAGAGAAGUUGCCAGGUCCUGCAGGGUCGAGAUUAGCGCGCAGCUGGGAUGGUGUUGCUGGUGCCUGACUGGGGUAUGGGAGAGUCUGCCGCCGAAAGCGCUGCCGUCAGCAACUACCAUGCGAGAAUCUCCGAGCAGCAGCAGGGUCGCACUGCCAACGGCGACGGACCACCCUCUUGGAAGGAGCAGGAGUCCGUCGAGGACGAACUCGCCUUGCUACCACUUAAAAGCCAGGUCGGAGGCCACACGAGGCUACUGGUGCUGAACCAGAGCACAAUCUGCAAGCCGCUCAACCCGCGCGAGCUCAACUUUUACAAAAACACGCCUGAGGAAAUUGAACGUUUUAUUCCGAAAUUCAAAGGUGUCAUGCAAGCUGCCAACAGUAGCGGACCUCUUGGCAAAUACAGUCCGAGCUUCCGAGACGUCGACAAUGGCAGCAGUUCCAAGCGCAAACGUGACAACCCUUAUAGGGUCAAAGUUCGACGAAACAAUUCUGCCAGUUCAAGCCAAGGAACACAAAUGGACAAUGGUGCCAAGCAAUCAUUCCUGCUGUUGGAGAAUAUCACCUCGCACUACGCCAAGCCGUGCGUGCUGGACCUGAAAAUGGGCACCAGGCAGCACGGCGACGACGCUUCGGCCGAGAAGAAGAGCAAGCAGAUCGCCAAGUGCGCGGCCAGCACUUCCGCCACGCUCGGCGUCCGCCUCUGCGGCAUGCAGGUCUACCAGGCGGACACGGACAGCUACGUGAAGGAGGACAAGUAUUUUGGCCGCGAACUGGACGAGGAGGGUUUCAAGAGUGCCUUGUUCCGCUUCUUUCACAAUGGUUACCACUUACGAAGCGAAGUCGUCCGAGAGGUGAUCACCAAACUGGAGAACCUGCGCUCCGUCAUCGAGCGGCAGAGCAGCUUCCGCUUCUAUUCCAGCUCUCUGCUUCUCGUCUACGAAGGCCUCGAGCAGCUGAGCGGGACUUCGGCGGCGGCCACCCUUCAGCCAUACACGACCCUGAAGCAGGACUCGUCCCUCCUUCACCCGCACGACAUUCGUUCUCUUCGCGCCUCAGCCACCUUCUUUGAGCAGGAGACGAGCAACUCGUCCGACUGCCUGUCCCACUCAGACGAGAGCCGCGGGUGCGACGAGGAGCAGCCGGUGGUGCCGGUCGGGGGCAAGACCUUUGUGCCCAUCUCGGAGGACACCGUGUUCCUCAACUCGCAGCCAAGCGAGAACGGCGCCGCCGCCAGCAGCCACCAGUACGGCUCCAGUCCAAUGUCGGUGGACAGCUGCGGCGCCGGCGUGUACUCGAGCGACUGCUCGCAGUUCACAGAGUCGUCCGAGUCCUCGGACAUGGACGUCGGCGGCAACCAGAGUUGGCGACGCGCCAACUCGUUGGGCGCCCAGGAGAAGUGGACGCCGCAGAAGGAGUUGCAGCGCACCCGCAGCGCACCCAGGGUCGACGUGCGCAUGAUCGACUUUGCGCACACCACCUUCGGCGCCUCCUGCAGCAACUCGUCGGUCCACCUCGGGCCGGACAACGGCUUCAUCACAGGCAUCGACAGCCUCAGACGACUGCUGAGGGAGAUUCUGAGCGAGGCAUGAUGAACAACCAGUGCUGGUGCCCGCGAAAUCAGUUUUAAAGCUGUUACUGAAUUUUACGACAGAAAGUACAUUUACCGAAAUAUAUAUUUCAAAUUGAUAUGCAAGUCAAUUUGUUGGCGAAAUCAGAGACACACUUGAAACGAAAAGGUGAUGCAUUUUUUUGUUUUGUUUUUAAAAUUUUUCAUCGUUCUAUUUUGAUGUUAUUAGAAAAGUGCGGCGUGUAUUCCGGACAGAGUUAUGAAAUUAGUAAAAAAGCAGGCGCGCGUAUUUACAUUAAUUAAUUAAUUAAUUGUCUUUCAAUCUCCUGUGACAAUCUGUGGUAUUACAUAGUACUGUAAUAAUUAUUGUAGAGUAUAAUGGUAAUGGAAAUAAAAGGUAGCACACUGCCCGGAAUAAAUUCUCCGACCCGACCGAGAAUGUAUGCAGAGUCAAGCAUUUUUUGCAAAUGCCAGAGAGGGAGAGAGAGACGCACACACACGUGAAGUCUCUUUUUUUCGACAAAAAUUCUCAUAUAUUAUAUUACUUGCCCAUCGAGAGUUUAUUACUUUUGCCAAUUCCCUUUUUUAGGGACCAUAUUAUUUAAUUACUUGUACGUGUGUGUGCAUGCCGAAUAAAUUUUGAAUUACCUCUCGUUUCUCCAGAGCUAGACUGAGCUGCUGUUUUAUAUUGUAAAAAAAGGAAAUGGAGUUUUCACAAAGAAAGUACGCGUUGUGUGAUAUCUGCACAUGCAUGACCAAUGUUAUAGGAGGAAAUCAUUUUCCUUUUCCACACGCACCUGCUGCAAAUUUGAUUGUUGAUUGUGUAUCCAAUACAUUUUGUGUCACUUGCACCCCUCUUUAAAAACAAUACACGCAGUGAAUCAUCUCUCGGACGCUUUUUCCAUACUGAAAUAUGCUUCCAAGGAAAUUUGCUGAUUGUGAGUUUAAAAAUACACUAUUUAUUCGUGCUUGAAAAGGAGAGGUCUCUAUAAAAAAAAAGAAAUGGAUAUAUAUCAAAAAAAUAAUACUCUUCGAUUAUUAAGCUCUCUUCUAUACAGGCGAAAAAGCAAAUAAAACGCAUCACGUGCAUGUAAUAAAUAGGAGUAAAAAUAUACAAAGAGCAAAGACCGAAAAAUGUAUAGUGAGUAUUCUGCCUCGUAACGACAAAGUAUAAUCGAAAAAUCGUGUACCCACACAGACACACUAUAAUGUACUAUAUUUAAACACGCAUUGAUGAUGAAACAUAAGUAACUGAAAAUGUGACUGAAAAUGCCUACACUUGUAACUAAGCGAAUAAUAAUUCCUUUUGAUGAAAAUACAGUUAUGGGUGCGCUGGGAAAUGUUCAAAGAAAAGGGAUGAAUUUUCCAAACAAACAAACUCGUAACCAAGAUACAAGCAUGGUGGUUGGAUUGUCCUCAUUGCGACUGCCAUUACAAUUUAAAUUAGCCGUGAAUAUAAAUCGUUAUUAUGUAGUUACUUGAAUAUUGCAAAUAUUCUCUCAAUAUUAAAAUGAUUAUUCUGUAAUUAUUAUUAUUAUUUCCCCGUUUGCAGGGGAAUGUAAAUAAUAUAAACCUGAUAUAAAUCGUAAUAGACCCGUUAUGCUGACAACCAAACCAUGCCGAGUAAAAAAAAAAAAAAAUAGCAAACAGAUUGUAUGCGAGUAGUUGUUGUGUAUGUCCUAGUGCAUGUGCGCGCAUAAAAGCUUUUAAAUUUUGCCGUGGCGACAGAGAAGAAACUUGUGAGA